UUUAACCAUUUCGCCAUGUACAACGUAGACUGCAUUCCCAUUAAGGACAUCAAGCCGGGCCUGAAGAACAUCAAUGUGAUCUUUAUCGUCCUAGAAGUCGGCGUGGCUACCGUGACGAAGGAAAACCGGGAAGUUCGUAACUUCAAGGUGGGCGAUCCCACGGCCUGCAUAAAUGUCUCGAUUUGGGACGAGCCGGGAAAGCUGAUAGCCCCCGGUGAUAUAGUGAGACUGACCAAGGGCUACGCCUCCAUCUGGCGACACUCAUUGACCCUGUAUUCCGGCAAAAACGGAGAGGUGUUCAAGAUCGGCGAAUACUGCAUGAUCUUCAACGAGAGCGUCAACAUGAGCGAGCCGAAGCGGGUGGAGCAGCAGCCGGUGGCCAAUCCCGGUGGCCAAUUGGCUACAGUUCCUCCGACCGGAAAUCCGGCUGUAGCUGGUGCUUCAGGGCUUCCUGCAAAGGGCGGAUCUGCUGGCCUUCCACAGCCCGUGGUGGCAGCCGCUCCAGGCGCUCCCGCUGCCCAGAGCACCGUGACCACAGCUCCCGCUCCGGCAGCCACCAGUGCCCCGCAGACGGCGACGAAAACCGGUACUCGUGGCGGUCGAGGAGGCGGAGGACGGGGUGGCCUCAAGGGUGACAGGCGGUAG